GGAAAUACCAUCACGGUACAUGCGGAGUUUGGUGGCCUCGCCAGCACCUCGUUCACCGGCCCUAGCCAGUACUACCAGUAGCUAAAGGCCGUACGAGAGAUCGUUUAAAAAACACAAAGCCCAGCCUUCAAGUCACCCUGGCAGUCAAGCAAUUCAUCCAUUGGCCCGCAUCUUUGAUUUACACUACUUUCCCGUAUCGGAAACAGUCCUACUCACGCCCCCCCGACACACACACACACACUCACCUCAUCCCAAAAUGGCUUCCCGCGACGUUCUCAAGGUGUCUGCCUUGCACUACAAGGAUGCUAGUAAGACGGACGAGGAGUUCGAAAAGCACGUCCACGAGAACAUCAACCCUGCCUGGGUGCAGCUUGUCAAGAGACACGGCGUUUUCAAAUACGCGGUGGCCUUCUGCCCUAGCAUCAUCUCCGCCAAGCUUGCGGAGAAAGUGGAGAAGACCCGCCCGGGCUGGACCGUCAUUAGCUCCCAUGCGGUUCUGACCUACUGGGUUCGCGACAUCGAGCAUAUGCUGGCCCUGACCGCCGAUGAGGGGUACAAGGAACUCGGCCGAACGUCAGAGGUGGGCUGGAUUGAUUCCACCAAGGGCGAAGUCAUGGUCGGAUACGAGAGGGUUUACAUCGAGAACGGGGAGAUUCUCGAUUAGAACCCCCCCAAGAACUUGAGGCGCUGCGACGGGCUCUGGGCAUGGAAGAACAAGCGGACUUUGGGGGCAUGGGCGGGAAACGACGUGUUCCGGUGUUCUGGCCACGAAAGCACAGGCGGACUUUGGGAGCGAAAAACGGGAAACAGGACCUUGGGAGCCGAGAAGGAAGCUUGACUGCAGAUGAACAAGAUGCGGGUACACGUACAUACCUUAGGAGGUGGCACGGUUCACGAUUCACCCCCUGCAUAUGGUUACGUAACCCCCCUCCGCAAUGCCUCCUUUGGGAUUCCGCUGGCCAACCGGAUGUAUAGCCAGGCACCAGGGGCUCAUAGGGGGGGCCCCCUGACCUCACUCACUGCCACUCUCGCUUUUUCGUGAUUACACUUACAACGUACCUUACCUAAUAUCUACAAAGUACACAACCAGACUCUACUACCUUACCCUCCCUACCUUAUAC